AAACAACAAAAAAAAAACCAAAAAACAUGAGAAAUCAUUUAUAAUUUGAAUAAACCAAUUAUAAAAAUAAUGUUAUGUUAAGGAUUGAGCGGCCAUUAACAAGACGAAGAAGAAAUUAUAUAAAGGCUAUUGGUGUAUCCUAAAGCAUCACUUAUCUACAUGAGUGAAUGUUAGUGAUUAUUGAUACCGAGGUAUGUAUGUGUACUAAUCUUGCCAGAGCUUGAUGGUCUGACUACUUGUACGGAAUUUGUUUUUAUUUUGCUUCUGCUAUACAGUUUCCCAUGUUCAGUUUGGACAGCUAUGCUCCCUGUUGUGCUAUUCUGUGUUUAUUUAUUUGCCUUUCCUCCAGUUCAAUACGAAGGUAACCAGCUACACAAAAUAGAUAGAUAAAUACUUUUUGGUAGGUGGUUGCUAGGCAGUUGCUAAGGUACUGGGGGGUUUCUAGGGUGUUGCUAGGUGGUUCCUAGGGUAUACUGUGUUGUAGCUGCUAGGCUGUUUUGAGUGAUUGCUAGGGUGUUGCUAGGUGGUUGUUACAUACUAUGUGGUUGCUAGGUGACUGCUAUGGUUUUUCUAGGUGGUUACUAUGCAGUUACUAGGGAACUCUGGGUGGUUGCUAGGCAGUUGCUACGGUACUCUGGGUGGUUGCUAGGGUGUUGCUAGGUGUCACAGAUGGUUACUAUGGAGUUGCUAUAGAGUUUUUAUGGUAAUAGUACUCUGCCCCAAAUCAACAGAGGCCAACCCUAAGUUAUUACAAUGUUCUGGUGCUGAUAUAUGGCUUAUUCAUGCUGCCAAAUGGUUGCUAGCGUGCAGUAAAUGAUUGCUAAGGUGUGGCUAGACAGUUACCAGGGUGAAAAUAAUUGACCGAAUGUGUGUCUGAAUCAAAAGAGCUAACUUGUCUUUACCAUGUUCUGAUCCACAGAUAACCCUGUUCACUUUUUUCAGUGGAAGUCUUUAGGGUGGCUAUGAUGUCACCAUUUAUUUAGUGAAAUGAGUCCACCCACAAGUCUCUACAACAUUCUGAUGUGGAGAUAUGAUGUCACAACGUUUUGUCCAAUGUUAAAGGCACAAUAUGUAAUUUUCGCCGUUAGAGGUCGCUUAUUCAAAACGAAGGUGUAGCUUGAUGACGCUGUGAAUGAGUGUGGGAUCAUGGGAGUUGUCGUCUUCACCACCACAGCUGAUAGAAAGCAAUCCGACGGACUCAAGCAGAAAUCAUGUUCAUGGAUGAGCUAAAGUUUUAAAGUUUAACAUUGCUGUGAUAUAAAGCAGAGCAGGUCGAGAGCCGCGGGAGUCCAGCGGAGUGCACACAUGGAGCUUAUCAUUGAGCAGUUGCUUCGAAGCCAAAAACCGAAAAUUCCAUUUUUGGACAUAAAUUUUCGGCCGCCGAAAUUUCGGUGCAUCCCUAAUGCUUAUGCUGCAGUCGGCUGCUUCCGCUCUUUCAUUGUGUAUGUGGGGUAACGCAGUGCUGUUUUACAUGGUUAAAAUACUAAAUACUAAUUGAAUGUGUUGAAAAUUAUGUUAUAAUGAUAUUCUGUACGUUCGCUCGGUGGCUGGUAUAAGAGACUUGUUGCACUUUGCAGUAAUCUAGAUUGAUAUUAGAAUGUCAUAUUAAUAAAAACUAUAUGACUUGUGUUGAUAAAUGACAUGCAAUUUAUUUAAAAAUAUGGCUACACUUUAUUUUAAUGUGACAUAGUUACAUUGUACUUACUCCAGUAAGUACUUACUAUAGUAAGUACAAUUAUGUACUUACUAUAGAGUUACGGUUAGGGUUUGGUUUAGGGUUAAUUACUUGUAAUUAUGCACAAUUUACUGUUAUUGCUAUAGCAAGUACAUGUAGUAACGUGUAACUACGUCACCUUAAAAUAAAGUGUUACCAAAACUAUUGUAUGAUGGAAAAAGCUCUCUCUGAUUAUGCUAUGUUAGCCACUUGAGAAAAUAGUGUUGUCUCUGAGGCUUGGUAAAACUGGUACUCGUGGUAAAUCAAGAAAACGAGCAAUCAAACAAUAAGACUAACCGUGUUGAGCUAUAUAACAAUGAUUAGUUUUCUGUUGAUAAAUGUCCAAACAGUUGCUCACCUGUCUAAUAAAACACAUAGUAUAUUAAAGCAUCUUUGGUGUUUCCAUGGUUUCUACGAAAGUAAAACUGGAAAACUGGAAUUUUAGAACAACUGUGUGAGUGCGUGUGUGUGAGUGUGUGCGUGCGCGUUUUUGUGACAUUUCAGGGCACAAAUUUGUAUAAUGACAUGGGUAUGACAGGUAUUACAAGGAGAGGGUGACUUAUGAGGACAUUACCCCAUGUCCCCAUUUUUCAACAGGCUUGUAAAUCAUACAGAAUGAGUUUUUUUUGAGAAAGUAAAAAUGUGCACAGUUUCCUGUGAUGGGUAGGUUUAGGGGUAGGGUUGGUGUAGGGCGAUAGAAAAUACGGUUUGUACAGUAUAAAAACCAUUACGUCUAUGAAAUGUCCCCACAAUUCACAAAAACAAACUAUAAACUUACAAUAUUAUGAAAGCCAACAAUCAAAGCCAACAUAAUUAUGAUAUUAUGAUAUUAUUUUAUUUACAAUGUAACUUAACGACGUAGAGCAUGGACAAGUUAAUAGGAUAGUAAUCUUUGCUAACUGUCAUGUCAACAAAACUGACUCAUCAGAAAUACAUGUUCAUAGGUCAGAAGAGCUUUAAAGCAGCAUUGGCUCAUACUGAGGUCAGGUGCACCAUCACCUACUGAGAGGUUAUGAUGGUUAAUAUAUAGACAAACAGGACAGACCUUACACAGCAUCAAUAAGUCUCUAAAUGAUAAAAGAAACUUUAAAGUUCAAUAAGUUUGCAAGAUUGCUGUAGAAAUAUAUUUUACAGCAACUAAUGACUGGUAUUUCUGUUAUUUAAAAAUUAUUUACCCUAGAGAUCUUUUUGUUACUGAGAGAAAUAAAAGUUAUAGAGUCUGCCAACUUAAUGUUAAAAUUUGCAUUUGUAGAAAGUAACUCAUUUUAGACUUAAAUGUGAACUAAUAUGGUGAGUGACGCUCAGUAACAUAACACCUACAUGAAAAGUAGUAUCUGAGGUGAAAGAACCUACUUGUGUUUUUGCCUUCUCACCCAGAGCCAGUUUCCUCAACUGUUAUAAAGUUGGUUUAUUUCACAGGUUAAAAAAAAAAGAUUUGCAGCAUCCUGUGGUGACAAGGAGAGACAGAGGAGGAGUGUCAAGACCUCUGCUUUUGGUAACCUUUGAGCCUGGUAAAAUAGUGAUGUAACUCAACGUCAGGACUUUGAUGCAUGUUUCUGUUAGAGUAUUGUUAGUGUGUUAGAGAAAGGCAUUCAGAUUAAUAAGGCAUUCAGCCUGGCAACAACAUUGACCAGCACAGAGACAAAGACAACUGGUAAACGGAACUGCUGAAAAAAUGAAGAACCUCUCAUCCUCCACAGAGAAACAGAAUGUGGAAGGAGUUUCUUUUAAACAAAGAAGAAAUAGUGCUGCGUGGACACCACCAGCAUCAUCUUCAGUCAUGAGUGCCUUUCCUGAAGGUCCUCCAGUUCUAGAUUACAGGGAACCAGGACCUCCUCCUAAGAAGCACAAAUACCAGCAAAGCUUGAAAACCCUCAUCCCGUUCCGUUUUGGCUCACACUCACACCCUGUUGAUGAUGCUGGUUUUUUCUCCUUCACGUCGUUUGCAUGGAUGACACCCAUGAUGUGGAGGCUCUUUAGGAAUCAGUUGGAUGAGGACUCUCUUUCUAUCUCACCUCAUGAUGGAGCCCACAUCAAUGGAGAGAGGUUUCAGAGACUGUGGGAUGAGGAGGUUGCCCGUGUGGGCCUAGAGAAGGCAUCUGUUUCUGCCGUGGUCAUGCGUUUUCAGAAGACAAGAUUAAUAGUGUCCUUCUUCGCCUCGGUCCUAUUUUCUUUUGCCGUAUUUGUUGGUCCGUCAAUUCUAGUGUAUGAAAUCCUGAACUACGUCGAGCAGCCUGAGGCAUCCACUCUGUUUCAUGGUGUUGGCGUGUGUGUGGCUCUGUUCAUAUCUGAGUUCAGCAAGGCAUAUUUUGCAUCGCUCCUGUGGGCUGUGAACUUGCGUACUGCUGUGAGAGUGAAGGGAGCAUUCUCCAUGCUUGCUUUCAAGAAAAUCAUCUCUCUCAGGAAUCUUACCAGCAUCAGUGUAGGAGAGACUAUAAAUGUGUUGACGAGUGAUGGCUAUCGGCUGUUUGAGGCGGUCCUGUUUGGAACAUUUCUGCUGUCUGUUCCGAUACUGCUUAUCAUAUGUAUCAUAUAUGCAUGCGUUAUUCUGGGAUACACUGCACUUAUUGGAAUUCUGGUCUACAUGGUGUUCAUACCAAUACAGUUCUCAAUUGCCAGGCUAAUUGGUGUGUUCAGAAGGCGGGCUGUAUCUGUGACAGACAGACGUGUUCGCACAAUGAAUGAGGUUCUAAACUGCAUCAAGCUCAUUAAGAUGUAUGCGUGGGAGGAGUCUUUUGAGAAAACAAUCACAGAUAUCAGGAAAAAUGAGAAGUUGCUAUUACAAAAGGCUGGUUAUGUUCAGAGUUUAAACGCUUCCUUAACAACAAUAGUUCCCACACUGGCAACCAUCCUCACCUUCAUUGCCCACACUGCACUGAAACUGCCUCUUCAUCCUUCUACUGCGUACACUAUCAUCGCUGUAUUUAACUGCAUGAGGAUGUCUAUGGGCUUGUUGCCAUUCUCUGUUAAAGCUGUGGCUGAGGCUAAAGUGGCUCUUGCGAGACUCAAGAAGCUUAUGUUGGUACAGAACCCCAAAGGUUAUCUUACCCAGGAUAAAAAUAUGGAUUUGGCGCUGGUCAUGGAAAAGGCCUCAUUCUCUUGGAGCCUGCCAGGUGACAUGAACGGCACUGAAAAACCACAAGAUCCCUCUCAAAGUGCCACACACCAGUCAGGGUCACAACUUUCACUCAGAAGCAUCAGCUUCACUCUUCCAAAGGGAAGUCUGCUUGGGGUGUGUGGCAAUGUUGGAAGUGGAAAAUCCUCUUUGAUAUCAAGUAUUCUUGAGCAGAUGCAUCUUGUGAGUGGGUCUGUGUCAGCUAAUGGAACAUUAGCAUAUGUUUCCCAGCAAGCCUGGAUAUUCCAUGGGACUGUAAGGGACAAUAUCCUCAUGGGAGAACCAUUUGACCAAACCAGAUAUGCCAGUGUCAUUCAUGCCUGCUCUCUGAAACCUGAUCUGGCAAUACUUCCAUAUGGAGACCAGACAGAGAUUGGAGAGCGAGGUAUUAAUCUUUCAGGUGGUCAGAAACAGAGGGUCAGUUUGGCCAGGGCAGUGUAUUCUAACAGAGACAUUUUCCUUUUGGAUGAUCCUCUGUCUGCUGUCGACGCACAUGUUGGGAAGCACAUAUUUGAGGAAUGCAUCAAGAAAGAGCUGAAGGGCAAAUCAGUCAUUCUGGUCACUCAUCAGCUGCAGUAUUUGGAGUAUUGCGAUGAGGUGUUGCUGUUGGAUAAUGGAGAGAUAAAGGAGGCAGGCACUCACAAUGAUUUGAUGAAAGCUAAAGGCCGCUAUGCUCAUCUUAUUAACAACGUCCAGCUGGAACAGAGCAAAGAAGAGGCAGAAGCUGAUUCCACACAUACUGAACACAAUGACUCUAACCAGACCGAAGCAGAUAAGCCCAAAGUCAACGGCAUCGAAAACCCAGCUUUUGAUAUGUCUGAUGAGAAGCAUGUAAUAAAUGAAUUACCCAAAGACUCCACAGAAACAAAAGGGAAAAAGGAUCAAUUAGUAACAAAGGAAGUGUCCCUUGAAGGUUCAGUUGAAUGGAGGACUUACCACCAAUACUGCAAAGCUGCUGGAGGGUAUAUACUGCUGGUAGUUGUUAUACUUCUCUUCACUCUUCUUGUGGGAUCGACUGUUUUCAGCAAUUGGUGGCUCAGUUACUGGUUAGGCCAGGGAUCAGGGAACAGUUCCAGUUCUAAUCUAACAGCAAACAGCGGUAAUAUCUCAGAGAAUCCAGACCUGCCAUUCUACCAAAUGAUUUAUGGCAUUAUUAUUGUUGCCAUGGUACUGCUGAGUAUUGCCAAGGGCUACGCCUUCACUAAAGUCACUCUGCGUGCCUCUUCCAAACUCCAUGACACAAUGUUCAAACGGAUCCUUGGCAGCCCAAUGAGUUUUUUUGACACAACUCCAACUGGCCGCCUGGUGAACCGCUUCAGUAAAGACCAAGAUGAGACUGAUGCAGUUUUACCGUUCAACAUGGAGAACUUUUUACAGUUCUGUCUGAUUGUUACUUUCACCAUUCUCACCGUCUGCAUAGUAUUCCCAUACCUCCUGAUCGCCGUGGCAGUUCUCGGAGUCAUCUUUGCCACAAUCCUAUAUGUUUUUCAAAGGAGCAUUCGUCAGAUGAAGAGGAUGGAGAAUGUGAGUCGUUCUCCCUGGAUCUCUCUCACCACCUCUACCAUACAGGGACUCAGCACCAUCCAUGCCUAUGACAAAAGACAGCAGUACAUUGAACAGUUUAAGAUGCUGAGUGACACCAACUCUAAUCACUUCAUGUUGUUUAAUUGUGGGACUCGCUGGCUGUCAUUUUGGUUAGACUUCCUGUCUGCUUCUGUUACUCUAAUGGUAGCACUGUUUGUAGUGCUCAGCCCCAAUGAGGCCAUAAACCCUGCUCUGAAGGGCCUGGCUUUAUCUUACACGAUACAGUUGACUGGAAUUCUUCAGUUUGUGGUGAGAUUGUCCACCGAGUUGGAGGCGAAGUUCACCAGUGUAGAGAGACUACUGGAGUAUAUUACGAGUUGUGUAUCAGAGGGUCCACGAAGUGUCAAGGAAGCUCACAUCCCCACCGACUGGCCACAGGAGGGCGCCAUUACCUUUAAAAACUACAGUAUGAGAUACAGGGACAACACACCCAUUGUCCUCAAUAAUCUCCACAUAAAGAUUAAGCCAGGGGAAAAACUUGGCAUUGUGGGACGCACUGGCUCUGGGAAGUCCUCUCUGGGUGUGGCAUUGUUCCGUUUGGCAGAGCCGGCUGAGGGCACUAUUUUGAUAGAUGAUGUGGACAUCUGCAAGCUGGGGCUGAAAGAUCUUCGCAGCAAACUCUCCGUCAUACCACAGGAUCCUGUACUCUUCAUCGGCACUGUCAGGUAUAACCUGGACCCCUUUAACAGCUACAGUGAUGAGGAGCUCUGGUUGGCUUUAGAAAAGACCUACAUGAAGGACACGAUUGCUAAGCUGCCAGAGAAGUUGCACUCUCCAGUAGUGGAGAAUGGAGAGAAUUUCUCUGUCGGAGAGCGGCAGCUCAUGUGUAUGGCCAGAGCACUGCUCCGUAAUUCCAAAAUCAUUCUAUUGGAUGAGGCAACGGCGUCUAUAGACUCUGAGACUGACAGCCUGAUCCAGCACACCAUCAGAGAUGGUUUUCAGCACUGCACUAUGCUCACGAUCGCCCACAGGAUUAACACUGUGUUGGAGAGUGACCGCAUACUCGUCAUGGACCAGGGCAAGGUGGUUGAGUUUGAUUCGCCACAGGACCUGAAGCAGAGACCGAACUCUCUAUUUGCAUCACUUCUAGCAGCAGCUAAUCAAGUGAACUCGUGAAGGACUCGGAAACAUUCUCAUACUACAUGUUGUUGCAGAAUUUGACAGAUAUACACAAAGUGGUUUACCACAUCUAGAUGUACAUGACUCUUACAGAAUAUGUGCGUGACCUCAUACAUCAAUCUUUACAUAUGAGCUGUCACUAAUAUGAUGAAUACACCAUAGCACAUUGCCACACUUCUUUUCAACAUUACAAUAAUAGGUAAACAGGCACAUGGAUUUGCACUUUUUUAUUUGCGCUUCACAUUAGUGUAAUUUUUCAGAGGGCUCUGCACGUUUUUGUUCAUGUGCUUUAUAUGUUUGUCUUCAUAUUUUGUUAUUUACAAACUUCUUCUUGACAGCAUUUACAGACUAAGCUUUAAAUGUUCACUUAGUUUGCAUAGGUUCAUCAGAUGUAUUUAAAAUAUUUAUUUGAUUUUUAUAUGUAUGAAACAGAUAUAAUAUCAAAGGACAAUAUAUGCACAGAUAAACUCUCA